CCCCGUGGGAGCCACCUCUUGGACACCCUGCAGUCCGUGUUCGAAGCAUCCUCGGAACCUGAGCAGGAGUCUGUCGUGGUGCUGGUCCACCUGUCAGAUCCUGACCCUGAGUGGCUCCGCCAAACAGCUGCCAAUAUUUCCAGGCUCUUCGCACAACACAUUGAGGCCAGGGAGCUGCUGGUGAUCCACGGGCUUCUCGGUGGCUCUCCUCUCCCAGGAAAUCUGAGUGACGCUAACCACACCUCACCCUGUGAAGCACUUUAUUUCAGGCAGAACGUAGACUAUGCCCUCCUCAUGAACUUCGCCAGCAGCCUCUCUGAUUACUUUCUGUGGAUGGAAGAUCAUGUCCACUGCAGCCCCAAAUUUGUUUCUGCCGUCUACUGGGCAUUAUCAGCCUGGGAAGAACUACCUUGGGUGAUCCUGGAGUUCUCCAGCCUGAACAUCUCAGGGAAAGUUUUCCGCACUAGUGACCUCUCCCGCCUGACCUCUUUCUUCCUCCUCUUCCUUAACACUCCUGCUCCCUUGCUUCUCUCUGAAUUCCGUCUUCUCUUGGCCCAAAAUGUUCCAAUUUGUUUCACUCCCUCUGUCUUGCACCACAUGGGCACUGUUUCUGUAGCUGAGGACAGCUGCUUUCCUGUGGAGAAGGACAAAGUCUUUGGUGAACCAGACAACCCUGUUGCUACUGUGAUCACAGACAUGGAGACACCGUUGGAUGUGAUGCCACAAUACGCUUAUACUCUGAACCAGGAGGGCUACUCUGCCUUGGAUCUGAUAAAAGGCAACCACUUGACAGUGAUUCUGGACAGACCACAAAAAGUCAUCCGGAUAGCAGUGCUGACGGGCUCAGAUGAGGGAGAGAGAUAUCGCCUGCAGCAGGGGCAGGUAGAACUGGGCUAUGAUCCCAUGGAAGAGCCCAAUGACUGUGCUCACUAUACCCUGCUAGGGCCACUGGUGGAAGGAAAUCUGGACCAGAGGGUAUUCUCUGAAGAAGAUUCUGAGGAGGUGAGUUGUAUCCGACUGCUGGUGUUAGCAUCUCAAAAGGCUUGGGUACUGAUCAGGCAGAUCAGAGUCUGGACUGAGUCUGAGGAAGAGGAGAGUUAG